AUGGAUGCUGUGGCUGUGUAUCACGGCAAAAUCAGCCGGGAGACGGGGGAGAAGCUCCUGCUCGCCACGGGUCUGGACGGCAGCUAUUUGCUGAGGGACAGCGAGAGCGUCCCGGGCGUGUACUGCCUGUGUGUUCUGUAUCAAGGUUACAUUUAUACAUACCGAGUGUCCCAGACAGAAACAGGUUCUUGGAGUGCUGAGACAGCACCUGGGGUACAUAAAAGAUUUUUCCGGAAAAUAAAAAAUCUCAUUUCAGCAUUUCAGAAGCCAGAUCAAGGUAUUGUAAUACCUUUGCAGUAUCCAGUUGAGAAGAAGCCCUCAGCUAGAAGUACACAAGGUGCUACAGGGAGAAGAGAAGAUCCUGAUGUCUUCCUGAAAGCACCAUGAAGAAAAAUAAAACAC